AUGGCCGAAGAUCAAGUACCCGUCCACUACGAGGACCUCGCUCUCCUCGAGACCCAAUUCGAUGAAGUCGAUCGCGAGAUUUUGGCCAAGCAGUACGUCCUCAGCGCUCCUCUGUACGCCAAGCGUCAAGAAGUUGUCUCAAAGAUCGAGGGCUUCUGGCCUCUCGUCUUCGAGCAAUCUCCUCCCGAUGUCGAUCGCUACAUUACUCCCAACGAUGCCAACAUCUUCGCGAAGCUGAAGAGCCUCGAUGUCAAGCGCUUCGAGAUCCCCAUGGGCCCUGAGAAGAUCGCAGGUGAUGCUGGCGACCCGCGCAGCAUUGCUAUCCGUUUCGAGUUCGAUGAGAACGAAUACUUCUCCAACUCUGUCCUCGAGAAGAAGUUCUGGUACAGAAGAUCAAAGGACGGCUGGUCUGGUCUUGUCUCUGAGCCAGUCAAGAUUGAUUGGAAGGGCGAGGAUCCUACCAACGGUCUCACCAAUGCUGCCUAUGCUGUCUUCCAGGAGCGCAAGAAGGCUGGUGACAUGAAGAAGAAGGGCUUUGCUGCCUACAAGAAGCUUCUCGAUCUGAUUGAGAACAACAAUGUUGAUAACACCUCCUUCUUCGCUUGGUUCGGCUACGUCUCGGCUGGCCCCUACGUUUCGGCCGACGAGUCGGCCCAGGCCAACAAGGAGUACAAGGAGCGCCAGGACAAGAGAUCCAAGGGCGAGAAGGUCGAAAGCCCCGAGCCUGAGGAGGUUGAGGAGGAAGACAUGAUGGGAGACGAUGAGAUCCACCCAGAGGGUGAUGAGCUCGCUCAACUCAUCGCUGAGGACGUUUGGCCCAACGCAAUCAAAUACUUCACUCAAGCACAAGAGAUGGAAGACAUGUCCGAAAUGGACUUCGAAGAUAUGUCAGACGAGGACGAUGACGAAGACGGACCAAUCGACCUCAGAGCCCUGGUUGGCAAGGGCAAGCCCAAGACCAAGCCCUCCAGCAACGACGCCGAUGAGCCGCCCAAGAAGAAGCAAAAGAAAUAA